AUGCAGGACGAGGUGGCGCAGCGUACAGUGCUGCGCUCUCGUCGCAAUUCCGACUUGGAUGAUGCUCCAGAGGUAUACGGCAAUGAACCCGGCAGUAACUACGAAAACCGCAAGUGGAGUAUGGAGGAGACAGUGGAAGUGGACGACGACAACGAGAGCCAAUGGAUCAGCAGUCCACACACACUGACCGCUGGGUUGUUGCUUAUGCUUUGGAUCGUCUACGCUGCUUUCCACGAGCCGGUGGCAACGCUCGAGGAUCCGAACGAACAGUUCGCGGCCGACGUCAAGCGUGGUGUCAAGUACGCUUGCGUCUUCUUCCUCACGUACUGCAGUCUGCAACUACCCGACGGCCACUUCGUGCGUCCACACCCAAUCGUGUGGCGUCUUCUCACCGGUCUCUUCAUCCUCUACGAAAUGUUACUGAUCGUUCUGCUAUUCCUAAAAACACAUGACGCUCGUCAGUUCAUGAAACUCUUCGAUCCCAGUCUUGGUACGGAGCUCCCGGAGACGUCUUACGCUUCGGACUGCAGGGUAUACACGCCCGAGAACCCAGACUCGCACUUUGCCAACAUCAAAGCGACGUUCUACGAUCGAUUCGUAAUCAUGCACUUCUUCGGCUGGAUUGUGGGCUCCUUAAUGGUACGCAGCAAGAUGAUCUCGUGGAUAUUAAGUAUCAUGUUCGAGCUGUACGAGAUCACGUUCAGUCAUUGGCUAGCCAACUUUAACGAGUGCUGGUGGGACCACCUCUUCUUCGACAUCUUCACAUGCAACGCUGCUGGUAUUUACUUGGGCAUGAAGAUCUGUCGGUACUUCGAGAUGCGUCGCUUUAACUGGGUCGGUAUCCGUAAAAUCCCCUACUUAACUGGCAAAGCUAAGCGUGCGUUGGCACAAUUCACGCCAGCCUACUGGAUGGCCUACGACUGGAAGAUUUUCCGAUCGGCAGAGCGAUUCUGGCGUGUGAUGUCUAUGGUAACGAUUCUUUCGAUCAUGAUGCUCAACUCGUUCUUCUUGAAGACGGUGCUGUGGGUACCUGCAAGCAGCAACGUGAACAUUUAUCGUCUUGCCGUGUGGUACUCGGCAGGCAGCUACGCAGUGGCGGAAUACUACAUCUUUUGCUCGUUUACUAUGAACUACGAAGGCAAGAAGAUGCCUGUGAUGAAGCUUGGACCACGUGCUUGGCUGGGCAUCGCCGUUGUCGUCUCUGAGGUGCUGGUGAUCAUCAAACAUGGCCAAGGGAUGUUCACGGCGCCAUUCCCGCUGUACGUUAAGCUCAUCUGGGCAGCGAUUUUCGCUGUUCUUGUGUUUGGCUCGACAAUCUACUUCAAGUGCAUCAACAAGGCGGUGGAUGAAGACAAGAAGACGCAGUAA